CCCGCCCCCCGCUCUCCCGCCGUGCCCUGCGGCCGGAAGUGGCGGCCGGAAGUGGCGCGGGGCGCGCGGAGACGUGGAAGCGGCGGCGGAGCGGAGCGGCAUCGCGAUGGUGACGGACGUGCAGCUCGCCAUCUUCGCCAACAUGCUGGGCGUGUCGCUCUUCCUGCUCGUCGUGCUCUACCACUACGUGGCCGUUAACAACCCCAAGCGGCAGGAGUGAAACGGCAGCGAGCCCCGAGCGGCACCGGCCUGCGCUGCACAGAGCCACACCACACAGAGCAGCACCACAACCAUGGCAGCUGUGGAAUCCCCCCCCUGCCACCCCUCACCACCGUGCCGUCUCUGACCGGGCUUUGACAGAAAC